CAAUAUAAACAACUUGGUGAAAGCCAGGAUGAUGAAGAAAAUAUAAAUAUUAAUAAUAGUAAUAGUAAUAUUAAUAAUAACAAUAAUAAUAAUAAUAAUUACAAUAACAAUAACGAUGAUACUCUUCAUGAAGAUGAUGAAGAUGAUUAUAAAAAUGAAGAUAAUAAAAUAUUAAAUAGUAGUAAUAAUAAUAAAUUAAAAUCAAUAAGAAGUCCAGAAUUGUAUUAUGUGCCACCAAAUAAAAUUAAAAUAUCCAGUGAUAUAAUUGGACCACCAUUAUCUAGUUCACCAUUACAAUAUCCAUCCAAUACAAUACCGAGCCCUAUGCUAUCUGCACCAGCAUCAUUAAAUAACAGUAAAAAUAACACACCAAAAAUGGUUCCACAAUCAAAAAGCAGUAGUUUACAAUCAACACCCAGCAUUUCAAGUGCAAACGGGUUAAAUCAACCUUUACCACCACAUUUCGACCUAAAUAGCAGCCAACCAAUAAAUUUUUACAGUAAUAAUGAUAAUAACAACAAUUAUAAUGAACAGGAUAAUAAGUUAGGUCACUCUGAAAUUUUAAUUGUUGAAAAAGAUAGGAUAGAGGAGGAUGAUAAUUUCCUAAAGACAAUUAAACAAAUCAAAACAUUUAAGUUUCAAAAAAAACACAAAAAGAAGUUUAUAAAUUAUUUAUUAGGUUUGGUACCAAUAGUGGAGUGGUUACCAAAUUAUAAUUGGAAGAGCGAUUGGAAGGGUGAUUUGGUCGCAGGUAUUACUGUUGGUGUAAUGUUAAUUCCACAGGGUAUGGCUUAUGCUAUGGUAGCCGGCUUACCACCAAUUUAUGGGUUGUAUUCAUCCAUUUUACCAGUUUUAGCAUAUUGUAUUUUUGGUACUGCUAAGCAAUUAUCUAUGGGACCAUUUGCAAUUAUUUCACUUUUGGUAUUGGAAACAGUAAACAGUGUUGCUGGCGUUGGAAAUAAAGAUGACGUUUAUAGAGUUAGUCUUUCAAUUCUAUUGGCUCUUGUGUGUGGCGUAAUUCAAAUGUUUUUGGGUUUAAUUCGUUUUGGAUUUGUUGCAAAUUUUCUUUCAGAUCCAGUUAAAACAGGUUUUACUAGUGGUUGUGCUUUAAUUAUUGGUAGUAGUCAGUUAAAACAUAUCUUUGGUUAUGAAGUAGAGGGCUCAAAUUUCCUCCUUCUCUUGGUUAUUCGUUAUUUAAAGAAAAUUAAAGAUAUAAAUUUAUGGGCUUUCUUAUUGGGUAUAAUCGGUAUCGUAAUUUUAAUUGGUAUAAAAAAAACCAAUGCAAGAUUCAAAUUAAAAAUUCCAGGACCAUUGCUAGUUGUAGUUAUCUUUACCUUCUUUUCAUGGUUAUUAAAAUUAGAACAAAGAGCUCAUAUUAAAGUUGUUGGUAAUAUUCCAUCAGGUUUUCCUCACCCAGAGUUCCCAUUGGUACGUUAUAAUCAUUCUCUCUACAGCGAAACUGGCGAAAAUGGUUUGCCACCACCACCUAAUACCGAUUGGUUUAAUAAUAUUGCUCAAUUAGCACCUGGUGCUUUGGUAUUGGUUUUGGUUGGUUUCAUUAGUAGUGUUUCAAUUGGUGCAAAGUUUGGUGAAAAAUAUAACUAUACUAUCGAUCCAAAUCAAGAGUUGUUUUCAUUGGGUGCCAGUGACUUCUUUGGCGCAUUCUUUUUAUCAUUCCCAGUUGGUGCCUCAUUAUCAAGAACUGCCGUAAAUGCACAAAGUGGUGCAGUUUCACAAAUAUCUUCAUUUAUCUGCACAGUCAUCAUUGUUUUUAGUAUUUUCUUUUUAACACCAGUAGUGUAUUUCCUUCCAAGAGCAGUUUUAUCAUCAAUCGUUAUCGUUGCAAUUAUUGACUUGGUAGAGUAUCAAAUGGUAUUUGACUUGUGGAAGGUUCACCGUAAAGAUCUUUUACUAUUUUGCAUUUCCUUUUUCUCAACAACUGUUUUGGGUAUUUUGCAAGGUAUUCUCAUUGGUACUAUUACUUCAUUAUUAAUGAUCAUUUAUCGUAGUGCUUAUCCACCAUUUGCAGUAUUGGGACGUCUACCAGGCACUGAAAUUUAUAAAAAUAUCAAACGUGUACCAAAAGCGGAAACAUUUAAAGGAAUCCGUAUUGUUCGUAUUGAUGGUUCAAUUUAUUUUGCAAAUUGUAUGUUUAUUAGAAAGAAACUUAGACAUCACGAGCCAUUCCAUAGACACACAAGUGGUGGCGAUGAAGAUGCAAUUGCGAUUAUGACAGAUAGCGAAGCUGAAAAUGCAAACAUUGAUGAUGAUGAACCAAUUCAAGUAGUUAUUGAUGGCCGUCCAACCAUUGGUGCAAUGGUCAUUGAUUGUUCCUCUGUCAAUGACAUCGAUUCGACUGGUAUUCGUAUGCUUAAAGAAUUAGUAGAUGACUGUAGAAAAAGACAAAUUGUUAUUUAUUUCGCUUCUGUUAAAGGCUAUGUUAGAGAUAACAUGAAGCGUGGAGGUGUCGUAGAUCAUUAUGGUGCCGAUCAUUUCUUUUAUACAAUCACAGAUGCAGUUGAGCAUCAUUUAUAUUUAUUAAGACAAAGUAAACGAAGUAAAGAUUUAUUAAGAAGUUCUCAAACUUUAUCAAAUAGAAAUUUAAUAAAUAGUGCAGUUUUAAAUUCAACAACUUCAACAGGUUCAAAAGAAGAUGGUAUACCAUUGAUGACUUUAAAAUAAAAAUAAAAAUAAAUAAAAAAAUAAAAAUAAAAAAAACCAAAUUUUAUUUGUAAUUU